GUCCGGCAUUGCCAGGAAGACUGCAUCAGAAACAGCUUCUCAUCUCUUAGGAGCUUAGUGUGGUUGACUUUGUUUUUUAUUCAAGGAUCCUCAGAAUUAUGUCUCCAAGCUAUGAGAAGAGAAAUAAGAAAGUAAAGGUUAAAAUGCCCAGAUUCAAGUUUCUGAAGUAAACGAGAAAAAGCUUUUAGGAAAUUUCUGGUUCUCAAAAAUUUAUUCUCAAGGAAGCCAACACUAUUCUGCCUACAUCUCUCCUCCCUCACUGAUCUACUGAGCAUGACUUGCGAAUUCUCCAGAAAAUCAAACUAGUCUAGAAAUUCCUGAUUGAAAGCUUCACAGAGACCUAUUUCAAGCUUCUUAUACAAAAAGUAAAAGCUUUCAGAAGAGCCUAGAUAAAAGUCAGAGCUAUAGCUGAGCACUAGUCCCAUGGACAAGAGAGAAACUUUCAAGUGUUUGAUGCAUACCUGCCUUUCUUGUUCCAUUUUCCAUGAAGGAACUGCCAUCACAGAAGAGUCAAGUCAGGGUCAGUAAAAGGAAUAAAUUCUAAUAACUACAGAGGUUAAGAACAGGAAGAAUUUAUUAAGAAAAAGAAAACUUCUCUCCAAGAGGGACAUAAGAGGGCCUGGAAAGUGGGUUGCCCAUCUAUGCACUUCUCAAAGGUGUUUACUGAUCAAAGUUACAAGGAACAAAGUCAAAGUUCUGCCAUGAAUGAACAAGUAACUCUGCCUGAAAUGAUCAAAAACUGGACCAAAGAAGAUGUUACAAAAUGGGUAACAGAAGAGCUUAAGAUUGACAAAAAAUAUGGACAAAUUCUUUUCAAUGCAGAAGUGACAGGAUUAGUACUAGAGGAAUUAACUGAGGAGGAUCUCGAAAAAAUGGGGCUGCCACCGGGUCCGGCACUUUUGAUAAAACGUACAUAUGACAAAUUGAAAACAAGUUUCCCUGAAAGUGACAAUCCUGAUUCCAGACAAUUUGAUGAUACAGAAUCCUCCAAAAAAAGACGUAAAAAAAAGCCAAAACCGACACAAAAAGAGAGCCAAGAAUUAAUGUCAUCUGAUAUAGAUCAAGAUCUCAGAGAGAACAGGAAAACUGAAGGCCAAGAAUCUAUUCUUAUGAAAAGAAAUCCAGUAAGUAAAGACACAAACAUUAAAGACAAGGAAACAAAUCAACCAAAAACUGAAAAGCUACCCUGUAUUCCAUAUCCUUUUGAUAACUUCCAUGACAGUCAAAGAUACAUAGAACAUUACAUCCUACAACCUGAAACAGGACCACUCAAUCUCAUCGACCCCAUCCAUGAGUUCAAAGCUUUGACAAAUACAGAAAAUGCCACAGAAAAGGACAUUAAAAUGAAAUUUAGCAAUGAAGUCUUUAAAUUUGCAUCAGCUUGUAUGAAUUCACGCUCCAAUGGCACCAUCCAUUUCGGAGUCAAAGACAAACCCCAUGCAGAACAUGGAGAGAUUGUUGGUGUGAAAGUCACCAAUAAGGCUGCCUUCAUUGAUCAUUUCAAUCAAAUGAUCAAAAAAUAUUUUGAAGAAAGUGACAUCAGUGAAGCCAAGAAGUGUAUUCGGCAGCCAAGGUUUGUGGAGGUCUUACUACAGAACAAUACUCUAUCAGACAGGUUUGUCAUUGAAGUGGAUAUCAUUCCCAAGCACUCUGUGUGCAAACAAAAGUAUUUCUAUAUUAAGAUGCAAAUCCAAACAGACAAUAUAUGGAAACAAAGCCAAGAUCAUUCACUGUUUGUGAGAGAUGGAGCCAGCUCCAAGGAUAUCCUGGCCAAUCCCAAGCAACGGGAUACAGAUUUUAAAGCAUUUUUGGAAAAUUUACAGUCAUGUGUAGUAGCAUCUAGAAAAGAUGCUGAAGAAGAACACCGAAUGAAGGCAACCAAGAGAGAAAGUGAAGGACUAAAGCUGGUUAAACUUCUCAUUGGAAACCGAGACUCCCUGGAUAAUUCCUACUAUAACUCAUACAUUCUUGUAACAAAUAAAUGUCACCCAAAUCAAAUACAGCACUUGGAUUUUCUAAAAGAAAUUAAAUGGUUUGCUGUGUUGGAGUUUGAUCCUGAAUCUAGGGUCAAUGGAGUGGCAAAAGCUUACCAGAAAAGCCGAGUAGCAAACAUGCACUUUCCAAGUCAGUAUGAAGAAAAGAAAACCACCAUGAGAGAGAAGAUUUCCAAUCUGAAUCUUUAUGAGCAAACCAGCUGGAUCUUCUGUAAUGGCCGAUCAGACCUGCAAAGUGAGCUAUAUAAACCUCUAGAAUCACAUUUAUGGCAGAGAGAUAGAGCAUGGGAGGUUAGAAACCUGAUUUUUUUUCUCACAGAUGAAAAUUUAAUGGCAAGAGGAAAAUUUUUAGUGGUGUUCCUCUUACUGUCUUCAGUGGAAAGCCCAGGAGAUCCAUUCACAGAAACUUUCUGUGUUUUCUAUCAAGCUCUCAAAGGAAUGGAAAAUAUGUUGUGCAUCUGUGUCAACCCAAAGAUUUACCAGCGAUGGAAAGAUCUACUCCAAACAAGAUUGAGAAUUGCAGAUGAAUUAGCAAACCACAGUGUCUCCACUUUAAAUAUAGAGCUAGUGAACAGUACUAUCCUCAAACUAAAAUCAGUGACUCAGUCAUCAAGAAAGUUUUUGCCCUCAUAUGGAUCUUCCUCAGUUAUUCUUGAGAAAAAGGAAGAGGAUCUUUUAACAGCACUCCAAAUCCUUUCUGAAAAUGAAUGUAAGGACACACAAAUAGAGAAAAACGAAUCCAAAUUCCUAGAAUUUAGGAAAGCAAAAGAAGAACACUUUUAUCGAGGUGGCAAAGUAUCCUGGUGGAACUUCUACUUUUCUUCUGAAAAUUAUUCUUCAGCCUUUGUGAAAAGAAACAUGUAUAAAAACCUUAAAGAUUUAAUAGGACGCUGUGCAAAAUGUACUAAACCAGAAUUUGCAAAAAUCAUCAAUCUUUAUCACCACCCAGGCUGUGGGGGUACCACACUGGCUAUGCAUGUUCUUUGGGACCUAAAGCAAAACUAUAGAUGUGCUGUAUUAAAAAACAAAGCAAUCGAUUUUGCAGAAGUUGGAGAACAAGUGAGCAACUUGAUAACCUAUAAGACAAUUAGCCACCAGGAUUAUAUUCCUGUGCUUCUACUUGUGGAUGAUUUUGAAGAACAGGAAAAUGUGUUCAUUCUACAGAAUGCCAUCCAUUCCACUUUAGUAGAGAAGGAUUUGCAAUACGAAAAAACACUGGUAAUUAUCUUAAACUGCAUGCGAUCCCAGAAUCCAGAUAAAAGUGCAAAAUUACCAAAUAGUAUUUCACUAACAUAUACUCUUUCUGCCAAGGAACAAAGAGCUUUUGAGGCAAAGCUAGAAGAAAUUGAAAAGCAACACAAGAACUGUGAAAACUUUUAUUCCUUCAUGAUCAUGAAAGGCAAUUUUGAUAAAGCAUAUAUAGAAAACUUAGUAAGAAACAUACUAAAAGAACAGAAUGUUCACAGCAAAGAAGCUCAACUUAUUUCCUUCCUGGCUUUACUCAAUUCUUACGUUACUGAUUCUACAAUUUCAUUGUCACAGUGUGAAAUAUUCUUAGGAAUCACAUGCUCUAGUACACCUUGGAAGCCCGAAAGCCUAGAAGACAAGAUGGGAGCGUAUUAUACACUUCUAAUAAACACAGAAGUUGCUGAAUAUGGAAGAUACACAGGUGUGCGUAUCAUUCACCCUCUGAUUGCUGAAUGCUGUCUAAAAGAACUGGAAAAGAGCUAUUGCUUGGACAAAUGUCAAAUUGCAUUGAACAUGUUAAAUGAGAAUGUGUUCUAUGAUUCUGGAAUAGGAAGGGACAAAUUUCAACAUGAUGUUCAGACACUUCUGCUUACACGCCAGCGCAAAGAGCACGGAGCAGAAACAGACACUUUGUUUUCCCCACUGAUUGAAACUUUGCAGAACAAAGAAAUUGAAAAGAUCUUGAUUACAGGAAGUCACCGAUUCCCACAAAAUGCAUUUAUUUGUCAAGCUUUAGCAAGGCAUUUCUAUAUUAAAGAGAAGGACUUUAAUGCUGCUCUAGAAUGGGCAAAUUUGGCCAAAAGCAGAGCACCCAAAAAUUCCUAUAUCUCAGACACACUUGGUCAGGUUUACAAAAGUGAGAUCAAAUGGUGGCUAGAUAACAACAAAAACUGUAAGAACAUUGCUGUUAAAGAUCUAAGACAUUUACUGGAAGCUGCUGAAAAAGCUUCAAGAGCUUUCAAAGAAUCCCAGCAGCAAACUGAUAGUAAAGAUUAUGAAACUGAGGCCUGGUCACCCCAGAAGCCCCAAAGAAGAUAUGACACGUACAACACAGCUGGCUUCCUGGGUGAAAUAGAAGUCAAUCUUUACACCAUUGAGAUUCUUCAGCUUACUCCCUUCUUCCACAAAGAAAAUGAAUCAUCUCAGAAAUCCAUGGUACAGUUUUUAUCUGGAAAGGGAAACAUACCUCUUGAUCAAAAAAAUGAGUAUUAUUUGACUCUUAGCAAAUUCACAGCCCAUCUACAAAAUUUGCAAGCAGAUGUGAUAAAGUGUUUUCAUUUUUUUAGUGACUACACGGUUCUCCUGAAAACAAGGAGUGCCCAAAAAGAAAUGACAGAAUUCAAAGUAAACAAGAAAUACACAGAACUUUUCAAGAAAUAUUCAAAACUUUUCUGUCAUGUGGAUAUGACUCCAUUACAAGGAAAAGAGAAUAGGUUACUCCAUGAAGAGAAUUGCAGAAAACGUCUAGAAGCUUGGAGAGCAGAUAGGUUUUCUGGACUCCUUGGAUAUCUUGAUCCAAACCACAAAGAAGCUGAAACCACCAUGGAAAAUAUAGUGAAUGAAUAUAACUUCUUAUUGCAGCAAAACCCAAAUAAACGACCAGUAAAGGAGAAAUUAAAUUUCAUUUUGGCCAACAUUAUUCUCAGCUGUUUAAAACCCAUAUCCAAGUCCAUCCAACCACUUAGUGUACUAAAACAACAGCUCCGAGAAGUCCUGAAUGUUGUAGGACUUAAUCAUCAAUAUCCAAAUCCUUAUUUCUUGGCCUGUCUCCUGUUCUGGCCAGAUAAUCACGAACUAGAUCAAGAUUCUAAACUAAUGCAAAAGUAUGUCUCAUCCUUAAAUAGAUCCUUCAGGGGCCAGUACAAGCGCAUGUGCAGAUCCAAGCAGGCAAGCACACUCUUCUAUCUGGGAACCAGGAAGGGUCUCAAUAGUCUUGUUCACAAGGCCGAAAUAGAGAAAGACAUUAGUAAAGGAAAAAAUACAAAUUCCUUCUGGCAGAGUGGAGAUGUGUGGAAAACAGAUGAAGUCAAACACCUCCUGCGCCGCCUAAGUGGUCAGGCUGAAGGCAAGUUAAUCUCUGUAGAAUAUGGAACAACAGAAAAAAUAAAAAUACCAGUGACAUCUGUGUAUUCAGAUCCACUCAGAAGUGGUGGAAACAUAGAAAAAGUCUCUUUCUACCUAGGAUUUUCCAUUGAAGGACCUCUGGCUUAUGAUAUAAAAGUAGUUGAAGUAAACAAUAGUUGAAACAUGUCUAGUUCGUUUGUCUAAGGUUAUACUCUGUCAUUUUCAUGACCUUUUUUGGCUUAACUGUAAGCACCAACUUUUCUUUGUCUCUCCAAAUGGAUUACAAGUUUUUAUAGGACAUAAAAUGUGUCUUUCCCAGAAAGUGAUAUACCAAAUGGUCAAUCACUUAACAUUUCUAAUGUGUAUUUUUAGACUAACAUAGUUAAUUAAGAAGUUUUAGUUAGUAUCCACUGGUCUCACAUUCACUGCUUAUAGGUCAAUAAAAUCUUUUUUAA